AUGUUCCGAUUACUGACGUUUCUCAGUGUGAUAGCCCUUGCCACAACUAUUCCUGUCGAUAACGGAGUUGAAGGGGAACCAGAAAUUGAGUGCGGUCCAACGUCGGUCACUGUCAACUUCAACACCAGGAAUCCGUUCGAAGGCCAUGUUUACGUGAAGGGUCUGUUCGAUCACGACGAAUGCCGCAACAACGACAGUGGACGACAGGUAGCCGGAAUCGAACUUCCUUUCGAUUCAUGCAAUGUGGCUCGUACUCGGUCCUUGAACCCACGUGGUGUGUUCGUUACCACAACUGUUGUCGUCUCAUUCCAUCCUCAGUUCGUGACGAAAGUUGACAGAGCCUACCGUAUCCAGUGCUUCUACAUGGAAGCCGACAAGACCGUGUCCACCCAAAUCGAAGUGUCUGAUCUCACCACUGCCUUCCAGACCCAG